UUGCAGCAACAGCAGCAUUGUGAGAUGGAGAUCUCCGCUGCGUGUGUGAGUGCCUGUUCCUGGUGAGAGCGGAUGAGUGUGAGUGAUGCUUGAAUAAGAUGUUUGAGGGAGACCGGGGGGGAAGAGGGGAGGAUUGGAGUAAAAAGGGUUUGGAGACGAUGUCUGUCUGCUUUUUCCCCUCUACAUCUCGAUAACCUGAAUCUUUGCCGAAUGUGCUCCAACUACUCCAGCUGUCACUGCACUGGCUUCCUCUUCCUCAAUACUCCCUUACCCUUUGAGAACUGCUCCAGUGGCUGGACAGCAACCUGGCACCCGGUGAAUACAUGGAUGAACAACGGAUCAACAGGGGAUCUGAGCUUUCUGGUCCUUUUUAUCUAUGAUCUGUUUUCCAAGGAAAUAUGGUGAGCAAAGAGGACGCCACAUGCAUUGUUCUGUCAAAUUCAGAUGAAUCAGAUUCAGAGGAAGGACCUUCACACACAUCACUCUCUGGACCAGAAUCAAGCAGACAAGAGGUAAAAAAGAGAAACAAAGCCUUACAAGUGCGUUUCAAGGAUAUCUGUGAAGCUCAGAAAGAGCAGCGAGUAAGACAUUUGAGGUCCAUUUCUUGCAAGGUAACACAUAGAAAGUACAUGACCAUGCCUGCCAGGCGCUCUAUUCCAAACGUAACCAGGAGCACUGGUGUCCAGACCUCACCGGACCUCACUAAGAGAUACAAAACGUUUCCUUUUGAGAGGAAAAAAGGACACACGUUUAAACAUACAGCUUUGGUAGAAGAUUACAGACGCCAAAACAAUGGGUUUUUGAGUGAUAUAAAGACAGGGGGAGAAGAUGGGCAAACAUUUGAAGAGCAUUCAAAGUGUAAGGGUAAGAUUGUAGGACAGACAAAAGCCCUGCUUCAUCACACAGACUACAGCAGCGAUACAGAGGAUUUGCUGUCAAGUACCAACUGUGUGGAUGGACCUCCGUAUCCAGACUCCUCACAUUUUGCAGAAGAGGGACAUUCGAGUGAACAGUCUUCUAAAACUGAAUCAGAGUACCAAAUGUAUGGGAACUGGAAUAAACACAAAGGAUUACCCAAAGGAGACACUGACACUGUUUCUUCCUCAAAGCGCCAGCUCGGGAACUCUGAGUUCUCAGAAGACAAGCCAAAGGGCACAGGCCCUAUGGCUUGGAACUCUUUGACACAAGUGGAGUCCAUAGUGAGCUCAUCUGUGAAUUGUAAACGGAAAAAGGGUACACAGCUAAACGAGCAGCUGUCUCAGACUUUUCCACAUAGUGUUAAAUGCUCUGUGCAGUCACAAGGGCAGUGUCGGACAAGGCAUGCGUCAGCCUCCUCUAAACUGCAACGAACUGCUGAGGGGGAUGAGAGCUUUCCACCAGGAGGCACACAAGCUCCAGGCUUGGGGAGCAGCCAGCAGAUAAUACCCUUAUCUGGAGACAAGGAUAUGAAAGCACAGCUGCAGGCCAUGGAGAAUCUCAUCAGCUCAAGCCAAGAGACCAUCAAGGUUCUUCUUGGAGUUAUUCAGGAGCUGGAGAAAGGGGAAGCACAGAGGGAAGGGCUCUCAUACAGAACAGGACAAGACACAGCCAACUGUGAUACAUGUCGAAACAGCGCCUGCAUCAUUUACAGUGUUGAGCUGGACUUUAAACAGCAAGAGGAUAAACUACAGUCCUUGAUAAAGAGACUCUGCCCCACGGACAACCGACAGUGCCCUGCUCUGCCUUAUUCCAGUGAAGUGUUCACCUCCACCCCAAAACGCAAGUCCAAGUCAGAGUCCAAGAAGCACGCUCGGUGGAAACUUUGGUUCCUGUGAAUAAAACAUGAAGCCUUUGAAAAAAGCCAUCCUUUUGGGCACAUCAACAACCCCAGUUAUUCUCGGAGCAGUUAGAGGAAUAUGCAGCUGGGGGACCAACAACCAGUUUGAAUGGAUGCUGUCGGACAACAGUUGAUAUGAGGCUUUGAACUAAGACUGUUUGGUCAGCUGGGGGGCAGCAGAGACAUACAGUGCCUUGCGAAAGUAUUCGGCCCCCUUGAACUUUUCAACCUCUUGCCACAUUUCAGGCUUCAAACAUAAAGUUAUAAAAUUCUAAU